AUGGCAAUAGAAAGCGCUACUACUUCUGCGACUGUUGCGGCAACAAGCCGACCUGCUAAGUUCACCAACGAACACCUUCAUGUGCCUGCUGCUGAUAUGCCGGCCAAUGAAAAAUUUAUGAUUGCUGAGGCGUGGAAACAGGCGGAUUUUCUAUGCAAAGGAUACAUCCUAAGUGCUUUGGAGGAUGAUUUGUACAAUGUCUACAGUGCUAUGAAAACUUCUAAAGAAUUGUGGGAUGCACUUGAGAAGAAGUAUAAGACUAAAGAAGCAUGCUUGAAAAAAUGUGUGAUUGCCAAGUUUCUAGACUAUAAAAUGAUAGAUAGCAGAACCGUUGGAACCCAAGUUCAAGAGCUUCAAUUUAUUUUUCAUGACCUUAUUUCUGAAAGCAUGGUAGUUAACGAAGCAUUUCAAGUGGUUGCAAUGAUUGAAAAGUUGCCUCAUUCGUGGAAAGAUUUCAAAAAUUAUCUAAAGCACAAGCACAAGGAAAUGAAGAAAGCUGGUCACAAAGCCCCAGAUUGUCGUCUCCCGAAAAAGGACAAGGGAAAGGGACAAGCCAAUGUGGUGGAGAAGAAUGAUGACAUGAAUGAUCUGUGUGCAAUGCUAUCGGAGUGCAAUUUGGUUGGAAAUCCAAAGGAGUGGUGGCUUGAUUCUGGUGCCACUCGACAUGUUUGUGCUGUAAAAGAAGCAUUUGCAACCUAUGCUCCUGCUAGACCCGAAGAGGAACUGUUUAUGGGAAAUACUGCAAUAGCCAAGAUUGAAGGAUAUGGGAAGAUACUUCUGAAGAUGACUUCCGGCAAGGUGCUGACUCUCAACAAUGUUCUGCACGUUCCAACAAUUAGGAAUAAUUUAGUUUCAGCCAGACUAUUCGUCAAAAACGGGUUUAAGUGCGUGCUGAGAUUUUUAAGAAAAAGCACUGCAUUGCUAGAUCCUUCGAAUUGUGAAGAUGAGAAGAAAGAAGAUCAGAAGAAAGAUGCAAAUAAAGAAAAACAAUUUCAGUGA